GUGUGUGUGUGUGUUGUGUGUGUGUUGUGUGUGUGUGUGUGUGUUGUGUGUGUUGGGCCUGGCCAGGGUUGGUGGUGGUGCACUGGGAGCUAUCCUAAAUCUCCCAAAUUCAUGUUCGUCCCGCCCGGCUCCCUCUAAGGCACGGAGUUCCUCCUCCUCGCCUGCGACGGCAUCUUCGAGAAGAUGUCCUCGCGCGAGGCGGGGCAGGUCGUGCGCCGCAGCCUGCGCGCCACGGGCGGCGACGCGAGGGUCUCCUGCGAGGCGCUGGUGAAGAACGCGCUCGCCAGGAACGGCUCGGACAACGUGAGCGCGCUCGUCGUGGUCUUCCGGGCGCCCGCCGCCGACGACGCCGGGCGCACCGCGCCGCGGCUCUUCGGGCGAGCCGCUGGCCGCGGGCGGCGCCGGCGGCCUGCGAGGGGAGGCGCUGCCGCGCGGAGGGAGGCGAUGCCGACAGACGCGCGGCUCCGAUCCAAGAAGUCUGCGCGGACAUCCGCGAAACUACAUGUAUGGUGUAUGGCGUUUUAUACUCCUCUGGCUAGUUGGCCUGCGGGGGGGCCCUUGUCGCCACGGCUGGACGCGGCUCGGAAAACGGGUGCGUUUGGCCCCCCGGAGGGGUCCGGGGACUGCUUUCCAGUCCUCAAUUCGCCCUGCUCCGAGAGAGCCGCCAGGAGGUCCACACAUCCCGGCCGACACAGAGGGGGACCAUCCCCGGCCAGGAGAUUUGAAAGGAGUGCUCGGCGCCAUGCCGGCCCGCGCGGUUGCCCCAGCAGCGGACGGCCAGUUGCUGGCCCCAGUGUCCAGGAAAAGCGCGUGAGCGAUCCGGGGGGGUAGGGCGG